UGUAGAUUUUUCCAGACGGAUUGUUCGAUCGCGGAGAGAGAGAUGGAGUUUACUGCCGAGCAGCUGAGCCACUACAAUGGCACAGACGAGUCGGAACCGAUCUACGUCGCUAUCAGGGGCCGCGUGUUCGAUGUUACCACCGGAAAUUCCUUCUACGGUCCCGGCGGCGCGUACGCUUUGUUCGCCGGGAAGGACGCGAGCAGAGCCCUGGCGAAGAUGAGCAAGAACGAGGAAGACGUCACUCCUUCGGUCGACGGACUCUCCGACAAGGAGAUCGAAACCCUAAACGAUUGGGAGAAGAAAUUCGAGGCUAAGUACCCUGUCGUCGGCCGUGUUGUUUCCUAGGUCAAUCUCUCACCAUCUUUUCCCUUCCCUUUCGUAUUGAAUCUGAUACUAUGCAAAAUAUCGUGUGGCAUAUGUGUGGGUUUGUUUCCGAUUUCCGAUCGUUAUGAAUCGUUCCAAGCAUGAUCGGAUCUUAUGAUGCUUUGAUGGAUGCUGGUGAUGCGGUAUUUCCUGUAAUUUACGCAUCCAAACCGAAUAAAUUGGAGUUUGUUGAUUAUUGCUCUUUCGAUUUCGUGUUA